CGUCAGAUUUGGUUAAUGAGAAUCUACAGGUGUUUUUAUGACUUGGUUUGCUAAAAACCUGAUCCUCAUCAUCAUUAGCAGCGCUCUUGUACUCUUGAGUUUGAUGGUGCUUCAAAAGGAAAUCCUGGACAAUCUGGCGCUGGAGCUAUACUACGGUCUGAUGAUGGGCUUUGGGUUACGUGAAGGUUUAGGCGUAGCAACCACUAGUGUUGCGGAGUAUCGAGGUAUCAUUUUAGGGUUGAAAUCUGCACUUGGAAAAGGGUUUACAAGUAUUCGAGUUCGAGGUGACUCCAAACUUGUUUGUAUGCAGAUUCAGGGUCUAUGGAGGGUAAAAAACCGAAACAUUUCCUGCUUGUUCGAAGAGGCCACGAAAUUAAAGGAUCGGUUUCUUUCUUUCCAGAUUGUUCAUGUCCUUAGGGAUUUAAACUCGGAGGCUGAUGCUCAGGCGAACUUGGCUGUCGAUCUUGCUGAGGGCGAAGUUCGGGAGGAGAUCGACGAAUAAUCCCUGAGAGUAUGCAGAUGGCUGUCAAGACUGAUCAAGUAAACUACAUCCUAAUGCAAUCAAGAAUCAUUACGAGGAGAUUUUCUAUUUUUUUCUUGUGAGAUUCGUCAUUCGCAUUUGAUGUGGUUGGCAGUUUUCAUCAAUAAAAUUGCAGUUUUAAAAUGUGACUUUGUUUAUUGGCUUUUGAAUCUAUUCAGGGAAAUAACAUUAUAUGUAAACUAUUUAGUCUUUCAUGAUCACUAAAUUAUAAAUAUUUGUGUAUGUUUGACGUGCUUUUGAAACUUAUGAAUAAUUCAGUAGGAUUUACGAUUUU